AUGAGGGACGGAAGGGGGACUCUCAGCACCUGCCUCGCAGAAGAGAAGGGAGCGGGCGAUGACUCGGAAAAAUUACUGUACAGGGAACUGUUGUAUAAGAGGAUGCAGGAGGAGAGCGCUUGCCCAUCAGAUAGAACUUCCAGGAUGAACAAGCCUGCGGUUGAUGUAAAUGGAACUCCACAAAAUGAGGAGUUACCACUGGAAAUGAAAAAUGAUCUGAGUGAGGUCAGCCUCUUGCUUCACGAUGGCAACAAAGUGCUCGCAUAUCUGCAAGAACCAGUACGAAGAAAUUCAGCUCCGGCAGCUGCUCAGAGCAAGACUGUCGAUCCGUUCUUUGCUCCCACAGAAGAGCGUUUUGCUGGGGCAUCCUGUGGUGUCAGGGGAGCUUAUGGUAGGGACUGGCUGAGAGGUGGGCCCAGGGCCACCGACAGCCACGGAGGAUGGAGCCACAGAGGAAAGCCUUGGGGGUCAGGACUACCGUGCCAUCAAAAAUGGUUAGAAAUGGGGAUUUCUGAGGAAGAACCACCAAGUGCUUUUCUGGAGAAGCUGGACUCUGAGUUGGAACCCUCUUGCCUACGUUCCAUCCUGUCUGCACUGCUGCACGCACAUCCCCAAAUAUUCUUGAAUUAUGAGACAAAAUGUGUAUUCCCUGGCCAUUCAAAGCCCAUGUUUUCAGAGCAAAGAGGAGAAUACAAGAAAAUGCUUUCACGAGUAAAAAGUACCGCAGAUGAUCUGCAGGAACCACUGGCGUUACUGGCUCUACAAGCUUCUGAAUUAGCAAAUCUCUUAUGCCAUAGUUAA